AUGGAUAUCAGCCUGCCAGACGUGUACCCUGUGGUAGGACCGAUACCGGCUCCUGUGGAUGACAUGCCGAGGAUGACUGACAUACAGGGUAUGCCUGGAACAAAAGGCAGCCUUCUACUCCGCAUCAUUCAGUUUGUCUUCGCCGGAAUAACCCUAUGUGUCAUGGCCACCACUAGGGAUUUUCCCAUGGACAUCAGUUCAUUCAGAUUCCUCAUGGUAUCGGUCAUUAUCCAGUGUCUGUGGAGUCUGUGCAUGGCGGGGAUGGAUAUCUUUGCCAUGUUGGUCAGACGUAGGCUGAUGAAUUUUUCCAUUUUGACACUCUUCGCUGUUGGUGACGGGGCGACAUCGUCUAUUCUCUUUGCUGCAUCUAGUGGGUGCGCAGGAGUCAUGUUCCUUAUUCAGCACGAACUUGAGACGUGUUGGGCUGCAUUGCAUGUGUGGAAGACCAUAGUAGUAAAUACUCCCAAGACUCUAAAUAAAAGAAAUAAUGCCAGUUUUGAUGAAUACUUUGAUCUCUUCUCUUGCUUACAGAUGUGA